CACAAACACAUUAGAAAAGAGUUAGAAGACAGAACAGAGAGAAGAGAAGAGAAGAAAAUAACCCUCAAACUCUGUUUCAGUUUUUGCUUCAAAGUACAUAAACAGAGAAACUUGUUUUAAUAGAAACAUUCUCACAACAAAGUUUCACAAAUCUAACAACAUAGAAGAAGAUCUUGUUGUUUCACACACCCUUUUUCUUCUUCUCUGAAUCCAAAUAUCUAUCAUUAUAAACUUCUGCACAAAAAACUGUUUUUUGAGGCUUAGAUCUUAAGUUUGAAGCCAACCCUUUAAGACUUUGAAAUGGAGACAGAAGAGAGGAACCAAAGAGCAUGUAAGGCAACAGAACCAGAGUUCUUCUUGCAGUGGGGAAACAGAAAGCGUUUGAGAUGUGUGAGGGUGAAAGAUCCUCGGAUUUCAACUAGGCUUAACGGUGGUGUAAUCAGAAGAAAGCUUAAUUCUGGAGUGGAGAAUCAUCGUUCUGGUGUUACUGAGAAAGAAAGUUCUCAUCUUCAUCAUCAUCAACAACAACCUAAUCGUCUCACAAGGAAUUCCGAUGGGACUAUUCUACGGCCGGCUGCUGGAGAUAACAGAAAAUCGGCGUCGCCGGAGAAGGAAGAUCGAUACUACACAACAAGAGGGUCAGCAGAGGAUAACGGUAAAGGCACCUGCGAUGUUAUCAAUGGAGAAGAAAAAGCUCUUGUUUGGCCUAAGCUUUACAUUACUCUCUCAAGCAAAGAAAAAGAAGAAGAUUUUCUUGCCAUGAAAGGUUGUAAGCUUCCUCAGAGACCCAAAAAGAGGGCCAAAAUCAUUCAAAGAAGCUUAUUGUUGGUAAGUCCUGGAGCAUGGUUGACUGAUAUGUGUCAAGAGAGAUAUGAAGUUAGGGAGAAGAAAAGUAACAAGAAGAGGCCAAGAGGAUUGAAGGCUAUGGGGAGUGUGGAAAGUGAUUCUGAAUGAUGAUUAUUAUGCAAAUAUUUGAGAGGUUGGAUCUACUACAACAACAAAGAAUCUAAACUAUUUUGGGAAGAUGGAAGAUGAUGGUGAUAUUUUGUUGAGUCAGAUGAUUCAAGUUUUUUAAAUUUGCUUUCUCACAAUGUUUUUUUGUAAACAAGUAAGAUCUGAUCUUAUCCGAUCCAUUUCAAUCAAAUCAAUGAAGAAAAUUAUUUUCUCUUCUUCUUCUUCA